AAACGUCGCAGCACAAGCAGCAUUUCUUAGCCCAGGCGUGGCCCACGCGCUUUAGAACAAACUCAAUAGUUGUGGCAUUGAGUCGUUCACGCUAUGCCGGUCGAUUCUGAGAGCGAGAUGUUUGAACGUUGAGGUUACUCAAAUACAAAAAGCAAGCUGAUUGGUUGGGUUGUAAAACUCAAACUCAGCACCGUUUUGAGCCCACGAGUCGGCGGCAACACGCAUUCCGACAUCGUUGGUGAAUUUAGGACGCGAUGGUGGCAGCGACGAUGGCGCCCAACCCGCAAGAAGCCCCGCCCAUGAUGCUGUCCCAGGAGACAAAGGAGAAGGAGGGUCCCGUCAGGCGGCAGGUGUCCCUGAGCGUCGUGCAGCGCGUCGUGCAGGCGGCGAACGGCGUCAAGCAGCUCGGCCUCUUCGCCUCGCUCCUCGCACCGAACGCGCUGCCCACCAACCGUGUGUGGGCCGCGGCCAAUGCAGGCGACGACAUGCUCGUGCUGCAGCACUUGGCGGGCUUGCCCAACGACGCCACCCAACUGCGCCCGGUGCUUGAGUACACCAAUCGCCACGGACAAACGCCCUUGAUCGCCGCCUGCGCCAAAGGUCACAUCCGUUGCGUCCAAGCGCUCCUCAUGCACAGCGCCAACGUAUACGCACAAGACAACCAAGGGCAUACAGGCCUCCAUCACGCUUGCUUGCACGGCCACUUUGACCUCGUGGGCGUGCUGCUGAGUGUACAGGACCCGGCGCUGCGCAACCGCGAAGGCCUCUCGGCCAUGGAUGUCUGCCGGCGCAACAUCGAUGGUCAUCGACAAGUACUCGCAUCAGCCAAGUGCCUGGAGCUUCUGGAGCAGCGCUCCCGGCUCUUUGAAGGAUGGCUCUACGAAAGCGUCAACAACCUCGCGUCCUCGGCUUUGGGCCUGCGUAGCCUCCAAUCAUGGGUUCGCCGGUACGCCGUGGUCUUCUCGGUGGGAUCGCCCGAUUUUGUCGAGAUUGCUUGCUUUGACGUGCAACACGGCUUGCGCCAGCUCACGCCCCAGUCGACGAUUCUCUUUCGCGUGCACGAUCCCGUCGUCCUCAACUCGCAGCGCAAAAUGUUCAACCCCAAACCCUACAACUUUACAAUUGCUGGGUCUCGCAAGAUGCCCGGCGGGUACCUCGGGCGGCCCGACCUCUUUGAGCUCGCAGCCUUCAACGCAGCCGAGUACGAGCGCUGGGCGUCCUUCAUGUGUGUGGCUGCGCGAGCCAUGACCGCCCACGGAGCCCAACACACGGCGCCGCCACGUGGGCCCUCACCAAGCGAUCCACUGUAUACCAAGAGCGCCUAG